AUUGCCUCAAUGCUCGCUUCUAGAAUGACUUCACCAUCCCUAAGAUAACCACCAUGCAAUAUGUGCGCCCAACCUUCCGAAUUCUCCAACGUUCCUGCUUGAGCAGAGCAACAUCAAGAUACUUGCCGACUCGAAGACUAUUCUCAACCACAAACACAGCUCGGGCUCUUGCAAGCCCAUUAAACAUACCAAAAUGGCUUGAAGAAAACUCCCACUUGCUUAAACCACCAAUCAACAACUACUGCGUCUACAACGACAAUGUGACCGUCAUGAUCGUGGGCGGCCCCAACGAACGAACAGACUACCACGUCAACGAGACUGCAGAAUGGUUCUACCAAUACAAGGGUGACAUGCUUCUCAAAAUUGUAGAUGACGGCCUGUUCCGCGACAUCCACAUCCGCGAAGGCGAGAUGUUCCUUUUGCCACCAAACACGCCUCACAACCCCGUACGUUUUGCAAAUACUGUGGGGAUAGUUCUAGAACAGCAUCGACCAGAGGGUUCUGUUGACAAGUUGAGGUGGUACUGCCAGGAGUGUAAUGAGCUAGUGCAUGAAGCGAGCUUCCAUUGCACUGAUCUAGGGACCCAAAUAAAGGAUGCGGUGGAUACUUUCAAGGCUGAUAAAGAGGCCCGGACAUGUAAGAGUUGCGGUGCCUUAUGUGACACAGCACCCAGGCCCAAGAAAUGGGUUCAGUAGACCAAAAAUUAUUCAUGAAUAUCAAACGCCUAAACCAAUGAAUCGGAGCUGCCCU